UGUUGUCAAGCGGCAGGAAGUUGGAGUCGUGAGCCGAUGCAGGUUUUGAGUGUUUUCCAUUUUCUUUUAGUGCAUUUUAAAUGUGCCGGUUUCGUUUCUGUGUGCUCUGACGGAUGUGGCGAGGCGGGGCCGCUGUCUCUGUACUGACCGCUGUGUGUGCUUAUUACGCGACCUUUUACUACUCGCCGAGAGAAGCAGAAAACAGGUCGGUUGAAGCACCAACUCCUCCGUUACUUUAUGCUGUUUACAGGGUUCAUUAUUAGAAGAAUGUCCUCCACUCUGUCCCGUCAUGUGAUCUGGGAGUCAGAGGGGCUGGUAGCCUACCUCCACCCUCGGCCCUGGACCCCAGGCUCUGUUAUCCUGCAGCACAGCACACCUGGCAGGGUCGGAGGUAGCAUCUUCCACCUGGAGAAGCAGGAGUACUUAUCCUGGCUGUUGGGGGCGAGAGCAGUCGCAGAGCUGCUGUGUGACAGGUUGGGUGUACGGAGGUGUGCACUGGUCAGCAGGCCCCACAGAGACACACCGGCCCAGAUUCGUAUCCUCCCUCUACAUGGUGUAGAUGCAGAGUGGCGGCCUCACUUGGCAGGAGACGAAGAGCACAAUGCCCAGGACCCGGGGUACUGCACCUCCAAGACCGCUCCCCGAUGGAGUGACUCCAGCCUAACUGAAAUCCAAAGCAAGAUUCGAGCCAAGCUCCCAUCGCCAGACGCUCCGCCCAAUCUGACUUUCCUGGGGGACGAUCCAGCUCACCCUGGCCUGUUUUCACGCAUCGUUCGUGGGGAGGAGCAGCAGUGGCGGGUGUGGGAAGACGAAGGUCAUGUGGCCUUUCUCACUCCAUUCCCGAACUCACCUGGCUUUACUGUGCUGGUCCCACGCCGACCUUUGACCUCUGAUAUAUUCAGACUGGAAAAAGAGGACUAUGAGGGACUGGUGCUGGCAACCCUGAAGGCGUCGAGGCUUCUUGAAGGGGGUUUGGGGGCCUGGGGGGUGGGGCUUAUCUUUGAGGGUUUUGAGAUUGACUAUGCUCACGCCAAGUUGAUACCACUGUUCCUACCCUCAUCAUCAGGGACAGCAGAUGGUGGCACUAAACCACCACCACCUCCCCAGUUUUACCCCACUUAUCCUGGUUAUGUGACCUCAGAAGAUGGACCUGAAGCCAGCCCUGAGAGUCUGAAGGAACUACACAUCAAAAUUACACAGAUUUAAUACUGUUAGUUUGAUUCCUACUCAUGUGCUUAACUCCUAAUAGUUACUUUUAGCUGUGAGAAGAAUUAUUUGGUGCCUUAAUUAGGAAUUAGCAAGAAGUGUGUCAAGUAACAGAAACACCUUCAGAAUUAAAUGUCAUUCCACAAAGACUGUUUCACGUAGCCAUUGCAAUCAUUUUCACUGUCAGAAUCAGUAAUGUACCCCAUUUUGUCUUUUACAGGUUGCACCAGCCCACUUUAUCUGUUGGAAUUAAGUUUGAAAAUUAACCAAAAAAUGAUUAAACAAACUGCCAUUGUAAAACACAGUAUUGUGACAUGAAUCUCCAGUCUGUCGUACAGUGAUGACUACUGUUGCUGCUGUAUAACCUUUGAUUUUCUUGGUAAAUAAUAAAUUCAACUCUCCUAUUUGUGUAACUGAAGUUUUGUCUCCCAGGCAACAGCCAGAAACACUGUCCACUCUGACACUGAUCAUACUAGCAGAUUGAAUCCACUGCAACAUACAGUGACUGCAGAAGAAGUAGUAGUAGUAUUGGUGUUAGUAGUGAUGUCAUAAAUCUCCACUCCUGAAAAACAAACCAAUCAGACACAGCUCCAGGUGUCAUCAAUGAUCAAAUCUACGAAGUUGAUUGAAAAUGAACUGAAAUGCAUUUCUGUGUCAGUAUUUUUGUGCAAUAAAAAAGAUGAAUAAAACUUGUAA